CUUCACUCUGCCUCUCUCUGAUCUCUGUCUUCUUCUAUCUCUCUGCGAGUCCAAUCUCUUGUGAUCCUAUCAUCAUCAUCCUCCUUCCUCUUCCCCUGUCACUUUCUCGUGGAAAGAUCGAAAGGGCGGUGUGCCUUUUUGCUACGAUCUUCCCACUCCCAUAUAUAUAACUAACCCUUCACGAGAUUCACUCCCACCUCCUCCCUCCCCCACCCCAAAUCUCCGUUCCUUUCUCUCUGGGUCAAUUUUCCAAUCGAAUCCUUGCGUUUUUUGAUAAUUUGCUCGUGCCCAGUUGAAGCUUCUGCCUUCUUGGUCAUAAAGGAAGCAGCUUUGGAACGGUUGACAAUAUAUACAUAUAUAUAGAGAGAGGAGGGGAGACGGGAAGAAAUGGCGGCUCGGAACUUGGAGAAGAUGGCAUCGAUUGAUGCCCAGCUGAGGCUGCUGGCCCCGGGCAAGGUCUCCGAGGACGACAAGCUCGUGGAGUACGAUGCCCUGUUGUUGGAUCGGUUCCUUGACAUCCUUCAGGACUUACAUGGGGAGGACAUCCGAGAAACGGUUCAAGAGUGCUAUGAGUUCUCAGCAGAGUACGAGGGGAAGCGGGAUCCCCAGAAGUUGGAAGAGCUCGGGAAAGUGCUGACGAGCUUGGACCCUGGCGACUCCAUAGUUGUGACAAAGUCGUUUUCUCACAUGCUUAGUCUGGCUAACUUGGCUGAAGAAGUUCAGAUCGCAUACAGGAGAAGGAUUAAGUUGAAGAAAGGAGAUUUUGCUGAUGAAGCCAAUGCGACAACUGAGUCCGAUAUUGAGGAGACCCUGAAGAGGCUUGUGGGCCAGUUGAAGAAGUCCCCCGAGGAAGUUUUUGAUGCUCUGAAGAACCAGACAGUUGAUCUUGUCUUUACAGCACAUCCUACUCAAUCUGUCCGCAGAUCUUUGCUUCAGAAGCAUGCUAGGAUCCGAAAUUGCUUGACUCAGUUGAAUGCUAAGGACAUCACCCCUGAUGACAAGCAGGAACUUGAUGAGUCUUUGCAGAGGGAGAUUCAAGCCGCAUUUCGAACCGAUGAAAUUAGGAGAACUCCUCCGACUCCACAAGAUGAAAUGAGGGCGGGAAUGAGCUACUUCCAUGAGACAAUCUGGAAGGGUGUCCCAAAGUUCCUGCGUCGUGUGGACACAGCUCUGAAGAACAUUGGGAUAAUCGAGCGUGUCCCUUACAAUGCCCCUCUAAUUCAGUUCUCUUCUUGGAUGGGAGGAGAUCGUGAUGGGAAUCCAAGGGUGACUCCGGAGGUUACAAGGGAUGUGUGCUUGUUGGCUAGAAUGAUGGCUGCUAACUUAUACUUUUCCCAGAUCGAGGAUCUGAUGUUUGAGUUGUCUAUGUGGCGAUGCAAUGAUGAGCUUCGAGCUCGUGCGGAUGAACUUCACAGGUCAUCGAAGAGAGAUGUAAAACAUUAUAUUGAGUUCUGGAAGCAGAUUCCUCCUAACGAGCCAUACCGUGUUAUACUUGGUGAUGUUAGAGACAAGCUGUACAGUACACGUGAACGCGCUCGCCAAUUGUUAGCAAGUGGUAUCUCUGAAAUUCCCGAAGACUCAACCUUCACAAAUGUCGAGCAGUUUUUGGAGCCCCUUGAACUUUGCUACCGUUCGCUUUGCGCCUGCGGUGAUCGGUCAAUAGCAGACGGAAGCCUUCUCGACUUCUUACGACAAGUCUCCACCUUUGGUCUCUGCCUUGUGAGGCUCGACAUAAGGCAAGAGUCUGACAGACAUACCGAUGUCAUUGAUGCCAUCACAAACCACUUGGGUAUAGGGUCUUACAGAGAAUGGUCUGAGGAGCGGAGACAGGAGUGGCUCUUAUCAGAGCUCAGUGGGAAACGCCCACUCUUCGGCCCUGAUCUGCCAAAAACUGAAGAAAUAGCUGAUGUUUUGGAUACUUUACAUGUCAUUGCGGAGCUUCCCUCGGACAACUUUGGAGCCUACAUAAUUUCCAUGGCCACUGCUCCUUCUGAUGUCCUUGCGGUCGAGCUCUUACAACGGGAGUGCCGUGUGAAGCAGCCCUUGAGGGUUGUUCCGUUGUUUGAGAAGCUGGCUGAUCUCGAGGCUGCACCUGCUGCUGUGGCCCGUCUCUUUUCAAUCGACUGGUACAGGAACCGAAUCAAUGGUAAGCAAGAGGUCAUGAUUGGGUACUCUGACUCAGGGAAAGAUGCUGGCCGUCUCUCCGCCGCCUGGCAACUAUAUAAAACCCAGGAAGAGCUUGUCAAGGUUGCGAAGCAGUAUGGGGUGAAGCUCACGAUGUUCCAUGGCCGGGGUGGGACUGUUGGAAGAGGGGGUGGGCCUACCCAUCUCGCUAUCCUGUCUCAGCCCCCAGACACGAUCCAUGGGUCCCUCCGGGUGACCGUCCAGGGAGAGGUCAUCGAGCAGUCAUUUGGGGAGGAGCAUCUCUGUUUUAGGACACUUCAGCGGUUUACAGCCGCAACCCUCGAGCAUGGCAUGCACCCCCCGGUGUCUCCCAAGCCUGAGUGGCGGGCUCUACUGGAUGAGAUGGCAGUUAUCGCCACGAAGGAGUACCGCUCAAUAGUCUUCCAGGAGCCGCGGUUCGUUGAGUACUUCCGCCUUGCUACACCUGAGCUGGAGUAUGGCCGGAUGAACAUUGGGAGUCGUCCAUCAAAGAGAAAGCCAAGUGGGGGCAUUGAGUCACUCCGUGCUAUUCCGUGGAUCUUUGCAUGGACCCAGACAAGAUUCCACCUGCCCGUCUGGCUUGGUUUUGGGGCUGCAUUCAAGCACAUUAUCCAGAAGGACAUAAAGAACCUCCACAUGCUCCAGGAGAUGUACAAAAAAUGGCCCUUCUUCAGAGUCACCAUCGACUUGAUUGAGAUGGUGUUUGCAAAGGGAGACCCCGGCAUUGCUGCCUUAUAUGACAAGCUUCUGGUGUCUGAGGAGCUGUGGUCGUUCGGAGAGCGCUUGAGGGCAAAUUAUGUAGAAACCGAGAAAUUACUCCUCCAGAUUGCUGGGCACAAAGAUCUACUUGAAGGGGACCCCUACCUGAAGCAGAGGCUCCGUCUCCGAGACUCAUACAUUACGACCCUGAACGCGUGCCAGGCCUACACACUGAAGCGAAUCCGAGAGCCGGACUACCACGUGACGGUGAGGCCCCACCUGUCCAAGGAGUACAUGGAGUCCAUGAGCAAUCCCGCUGCCGAGCUAGUGAAGCUCAACCCCAUGAGUGAGUACGCCCCAGGCCUGGAGGACACCCUCAUCUUGACCAUGAAGGGUAUUGCUGCGGGUAUGCAGAAUACAGGUUAAGAAUCCGAAAGUCACUGAGGUUGUCUUAUAUAUACACAUGACUUAAAGUAGUCUCGCAAAAUGAUCUCCUUUCUGUUAUUCUGUUUUUCUUGUUUCUUGUUUGUGGGUUCAAAGGUACGAAGUAAACAAUAAAUAAUAAAGAGAGCUCUACUUGUCAGAGGGAACUUUUGGUUGUAUGAUAUGCUUCUUUAUCCAUGAAAUGAGAGGAGGAUCUUUAUGUCUUCCCCUUGUAAUC